AUGUCGACUUCGUACUCGAUGCACAGAACCGUCACCACCACAUCCACCUCCCAUGGAUAUGGAUCAGCCAGCCAUGCUGCUGAAGAGUUCGUGGCCGCCGCCGAGCGUGAGAAGCAGGAGAUGCAACAAUUGAACUCCCGCUUGGAAGCUUACAUCAGCCGUGUCCGUCAAUUGGAGGAUCGUAACAAGGAGCUCGUCAUCGAAUUGGACACCCUGCGCGGAUCUCUUGGAAAUGAUAUCGGUCAGAUCAAGAUCAAAUUCAACGACUCUCUCGUCAAAGUUCGCCGUGAGAUCACUGAAGCUCAUGCUGGAACCAUCGGAGUUGAAGUCAAGGUCAACCGCUUGAGAGAUGAUUUGAAUGAUUACAGACACAGAUACGAGGAGGCGCGUCGUGAAGUCGAAAGAGAAAAGACCACUUGGGGAGGAGCUAUUGCUCAAGCACAAGCUGAACUUGACACCAACAAGUCCCGUUAUGUCGCUAUCCUUGACGAGGAAAAGAGAUUGUACGCUGAGCAAGAUCAACUUUACCAUCAACUCGCCGCUGCCAAGGAUGAGCUUGAUGCCGCUAUUGCUGACCGUCUUCGCCUUCAAGCCGAGGAAGAUGACCUCAAGAUUGAGUUGGAGUUCUUGGGAAGAAUCCACGCUCAAGAGAUCACUGAACUUCGUGCUCUUCUUGCUCAAGCCCCAGCUGAUACCAGAGAGUUCUUCAAGAACGAGUUGGCUCUUGCUAUCAGAGAAAUCAAGGCUGAAUAUGACAAGAUCAUCCACACCACCAAGGUCGACCUCGAGACCAUCUUCCAGACUAAGAUCGCCGCCGUCGAAGCCUCCGUUGCUUCCAAGAACGAGGCUGCCACUUUCCGCCAAGAGGAGAUCCGUAAGAUGAACGAGAGCAUCACCACAUUGAGAGCCAAGCUUUCUGAGCUCGAGGCCCGUAACGCCGCUUUGGAAAGAGAAGCCAACACCCUCCAAAUCCAACUCGGAGAAGAUCAAAGAGCCUACGAAUCAGAGCUUGUCAAGAGAGACAACGCUCUCCGAUUCAUGCGUGAGGACUGCCAGACUCUCAUUGCCGAACUCCAGGCUCUUCUCAACACCAAGCAGACUUUGGAUACCGAAAUCGCCAUCUACAGAAAGCUUGUUGAGUCUGAGGAAGGAAGAUUCAAUCACAUCGGACAGGGGGUUACUGUUCAACACCAGGAGGUUCAAAGAGUUGGAACCUUGGAGACAGACCAUUGGGACCAAGGUGAGGUCCAAACUCGCUCCACAUUCAAGAGACAUGCCAAGGGAAAUGUGAGCAUCAUUGAGUGCGAUCCAACCGGAAAGUACAUUAUUUUGGAGAACACCAGUGGAUCAAUCGCCGAGGAUGUGAGUCACUUCGAAAUCCGCCGUGUUAUUGAUGGAACACAAGCAUUCACCUUCCACCUUCCAUCCCACUCUGUUAUUCACCCACACGGACACCUCAAGGUAAUCUAUGGACGCAACGCCGGAGGAAUCCACUCUCCACCAGACUCAAUCGUGAUGGAAUCUCAUCCAUCAUGGGGACAAGGACAAGUUGUUGAGACAUUCCUGUACAACUCUCACGGAAUUGAGAAGGCAUCGCAUAUUCAGACGACGGUCGCUUCUUCUCGUUAA